AGCACUUUGGGCAUCGCCUCUCACGAAACGGAGAGGGAUCCUUAGGGUUUCCUAUUAUAUCGGUCAGACCUUGAUUUCCGAUGAAAUUGGAUGAUUUAGGGAGUGAUUGGAGUUUGGGUCGGUAGGAAUUCGGUAUGUGAUUUGAUGGAAAUGGAGGCUGGCAGCACAUCAGCGUCCGGCGGAGGAACGCAAGCCCACUCCUAUUCGCCACUGCGGUCCAAAGCAUUCUAUAAGUUUACCCAGCAGAAUCUUCCAGCUUGCAAACCAAAUCUGACACCAGCACGGGUUAUAGCAAUAUUUCUGUUAGCUGGUGUUGUUUUUAUACCUGUUGGUCUAGUAUGUCUCCGUGCUUCAGAAAGUGUUGUGGAAAUUCUUGAUCGUUAUGAUAUUGAAUGUGUACCUGAGUCUUAUAGAAACAACAAAGUAGCUUACAUCAAGGAUAGCUCAAUUUCGAAGAAUUGUAAGCGUCUAAUAAAGAUUCAGAAGCAUAUGAAUGCACCAAUUUAUGUCUAUUAUGAACUUGAUAAUUACUAUCAGAAUCAUCGACGGUAUAUAAAAAGUAGAAGUGAUAAGCAGCUUCUACAUGGAUUGGGGUACAAGGACACUAGUUCAUGCAGACCUGAAGAGUAUAACAAUGGUCUCUCAAUUGUUCCUUGUGGGUUAGUCGCAUGGAGCUUGUUCAAUGAUUCUUACACCUUCGUGCGUGAGACUGUAGAAUUAAGAAUCAACAGGAGAAACAUUGCUUGGAAGAGUGACCGAGAGCACAAGUUUGGUAGAAAUGUAUAUCCCUUCAAUUUUCAAAAUGGAAGCCUAAUCGGGGGAGGAACCCUUGACCCAGAUGUUCCUCUGAGUGAACAAGAAGAUCUCAUAGUUUGGAUGCGUACCGCUGCUCUUCCAAAGUUCAGAAAGCUGUAUGGUGUAAUCGAAGAAGAUCUACAAGCUGAUGAGAUUAUUGAAGUACACCUUGUUAAUAACUACAACACUUACAGCUUUGGGGGAAAGAAGAAGCUUGUUCUUACAACUAAAAACUGGCUCGGGGGCAAAAAUGAUUUCCUUGGGAUAGCUUACAUGGCAACUGGAGGCUUUUGCAUUUUCCUGUCCAUCUUGUUCGCACUCAUUCAUGUGAAAAAUCCAAGGCCUCAUGGCGAUCCUACUUACUCUUAUGGGAACAGGAAAAGCACCACUAGCUGAAUCUUGCUGUAGGUUGAUGAUGACAACGUGAAAAGUUCCAUUGCUUAUGCUUUUCUGUGAAGUCAUCAGAUAUCAAAUUGAAAUAGUUGUUUGAAAGUUGCAUUUGUAUUAAACCAGGUGAACCAUUCUUACCAUUAUAAACUAUGCUGUGGCUGUACAGGAUAGAUUAUGUCAAGAUCAACUUGUGGCUCCUGCUUCCACUGAUCGAGCAAAUGCUGCUCCCGGCGCAAUCAUGGCUGAUAGUCGCAAGUUAUACUUCUUGUAAAUUUUGUGGUGGCCUAUUUGGUUACUCGUGUAUGUGUACAUCAGAACUCUUGUGCCUAUCAGAAUAUCAGGAUUUUAUUUCAGGAAAUUAGUACACAGAUUGUAACUGAUGUUUUCUCUCAUCUUGUAGAAAAAAUUGUCAAAAGAUUUUUUUUU